AUGGAGAAACUCGGCAAUCAAAAGACAGAGGGUCAGCUCCACGAUGGAGUCACCUCUGACAGCGAUGGCUACAACAAGCACGAAGCCAGCUCCCACGACGGCCACGACUUCCAGACCGUCAAUGAAUCCGCAGACAACUCAAACAUCUACUCCCAAGGCGGCAAGAACUUUCGAACCCUCAAGAGAUGGGAUACCAUCUUUAUCCUCUUCGCCAAUCAGAUCGGUCUCGGUAUCCUAUCGCUUCCCUCGACUCUCAAGACCCUUGGCCUUGUCCCCGGUAUCAUAGCACUGAUUGGUAUUGGCGCAAUUUCGUGGUAUACUGCCUAUGAGCUUCUCCAAUACUACCGUCUUCACCCCCAGGUUUUGAACAUCGUCGACAUGACCCGUUUCGUCGGUGGAAGAACCCUUGAAAGUAUCGCCGGUGUCAUGAUGAUGAUCCAAGUCAUUUUCGUCGCUGCUUCAGCUAUGGUUACCCUCUCUAUUGCCCUCAACACCAUCAGCGACCAUGCCGCUUGCACUGUUGUCUUUAUCUUUAUUUCAUGCGCUGCAUGCUUCCUCUUCUGUCUUCCCCGUACUACCAAGUUUGUGUCUCAUCUUGGCAUUCCCAACGCUCUUAGUGUUUUGGCCGCUUGUAUUAUUGUCAUGGUUGUUCUUGGCGUUGACGGCCCUCGAGGUGUUGAUAACAUGUCUGAGUGGAGUAGAGAGAUUGUCAUCGUCGGUAAUCCCAGUUUCCGCGAUGGUCUCAAUGCUUGUUUGAAGAUUGUCUUUGCCUACGCUGCCAACCUCAGCUUUGUGGGAUACCUUGCUGAGAUGACCGCGCCUCUUGAGGACUUCAAGUUCUGUCUUACCGUCCUUGAGUGUGGUUCUAUGACCAUGUAUGUCAUCUUUGCAGUUAUUUUCUACUGCCUCGGAGCCGAAUUCACCACCUCGCCAAUCUUGGGAUCCACAGCGCCCGUCUUCUCCAAGGCUGCAUAUGGCGUUGCCCUCCCUGCCAUCUUCGCCACUGGUCUCGCUUAUGGGCAUAUUGGAUCCAAGUACAUCUUUGUCAAUGUUAUGCGAUGGACUGGCAACCUUCAUGAAGUGACUGCUAGCUCAGUCAAGUCCUGGGGAACAUGGAUCGCCUCUGUCACUGGCUUUUGGAUCGUCGUUUUCAUCCUGUCCAACGCUAUCCCUGUUUUCGACUCCAUCCUUUCUAUUACAUCUGCUACUACCAUCUCGUGGUUUACCUACGGUUUCAGUGCCGUGUUCUGGUUUCACAUGAACAAGGGCCAGUACUUCCGUGACUGGAAGAAGAUCUGUCUGACUAUUGUCAAUGCUCUGUUGAUUAUCAUGUCGCUCUUUAUGAACGCAGCUGGUCUGUGGGCAUCCAUCACUGAGCUUCUUGACAUUUUCAACUCUUCUUCAGGCGUUCGAGGUGUCUUUUCUUGUGGAGAUAAUGCUUCAUAA